GACAUUAUCUACAAACAGACAAUAUUAUUCGUCGUUAUCUCCUUAUCUGAAUAGGAAGAUCUUCGGAAAAGAAGCAAGUACAACUUUGUAUGGCAAAAGAUGUAGGGACAGCCGUGGCAUCUCGUUCUCGGCGGCUGCUGUCGCUCAGUUACAUUGCAACCGAGGCCCCAACCGCAUCCGGAUUAUGUCCACGCACAAGACCGAAGACCUGAACAGACUUCACAAUGGCGUGACGAAUGGGUUUGGCCCCAAGACACCGUUCUUAAUAGGUGUGGCGGGUGGCACGGCCUCUGGAAAGUCGACAGUAUGCAAACGCAUCAUGGAAAAACUGGGACAGGAUGACAUAGAACACUCACAAAGGAGGGUGGUAUGCAUUUCACAAGAUUCAUUUUAUCGUCCGCUCACGCCAGAAGAGUCUUCCAAGGCCCUCAAAGGCCUCUUCAAUUUUGAUCAUCCUGAUGCUUUCGAUAAUGAGCUCAUUUUGAAAACGCUCCGUCAGAUAUUGGAUGGGAAGAUAUGUAAGAUACCAAAUUAUGACUUUGUCACAAACUCUCGAUUGGAAAGCACAACAACACUCUAUCCUGCUGAUGUAGUGUUGUUUGAGGGUAUCUUAAUGUUCUACCAACCAGAAAUUCGAUCUCAUUUCCACAUGAAGUUGUUCGUUGACUCAGAUGCAGACACUCGGCUAGCCAGGAGAGUGAUGCGUGACACCAGAGACCGUGCCAGAAAUUUAGAGCAUGUCUUAAAUCAAUACACGAACUUAGUACCUACCGCCUUCGAAGAAUUUUGUUUGCCUACAAAGAAGUUUGCGGAUGUCAUAAUUCCAAGGGGAGCAGAGAACACAGUUGCUAUUGACCUCAUAGUUCAGCACAUAAGAGAUUUGCUACGACCAGGACAAACUGUGGAAGAGGAGCAUCAGCAGCAAAGUAGUAAACGGACAAGGCACAAUUCUGACAAUUUCUUCAAGAGGCCUCAUUAACUAAUAUUAAAGAUAAAGAAAAAUGAAAAGACUAGCAGUUGCUUUCAUGUGAUUGAUUUUAUUAUAAUGAAAAAUGAUGCUGUAAUGUGAAAAGACAAACACUUCCUUAGGGAACACAAAUUAUAUAUGCAAUAUCACCUUUAUUUAAGGUUUUGAAGUUUAAUGCUUUCAGAAUGUCAUUUUAGUACAAGUGGAGGAGUAUUAAGGGUAAUAUGUCACUUUUAAUAUUGCUUAUAUGUAAAUAAACUGUACAUGCCAUAUCUAGUACAAUGCAAAUUAAUAUCAUGUCCCUUUUUAUAAUCUAAUAAUAUACCCUCAUUAGGAGAAUAUCAGAGCUGCUUAUACUUCCGCAGCUGCCUUUAAUACUGUAGGGUUAAAAACAAGUUGGCCUCUAAAUGAAAGAAAGAUGUAAAGUUAGAAACUGGUGCUAGGUUGGUACAUAUACCUUCCCACCUUAAUGCAUCCAUGGAUUUUGGACAUAAAACACAAUGAAUAUAUAUAUCUACAACUCACAACACAGAGAUCCAUUUAACAGUGAUGAGAGAAUGUUUAGACUAUCAUGAGGCAAUAAUCUAUUGUCCAUCAGUGCCUAGUAAUAUGCAUUUUUUGAAGUAAAGAAGAAAACUUUGAUACACCAUUGCAUGCCAGGUAAUUUAGAAAAAAAAAAUGUUAAGAUAUUAUUGUUCUUGAUGCAGCUCUAUUGAUAGUACUGGAUGAUGUUUUUUUAAAGUCUUAUGCCAAAGGUAUUUUGAGAGAAUGCAAGAGUAGUGUAAAUAGAUUCUCUUUUUACAAACUUUAAUGUUACCUACCUAAUUUGUUUUGCACUUUACCCUCACUUGUCUUUAGUCAGUGAUGUCUUUCUUUAAUUUGUACUUUAGAUGGAACUAGAAAUUAGAUUGACUUCUAAGUCAUUUUCCAAACAGCAUUGUGACUCACUGUAAUUCUCUUGUAUCUCCCCUGUGUUAUUGUCAAGGGUCAUUUCAGUGUUUUCAUCCUGAAAUCUCAAACCAGCGGAGGGACUAUGAUGAGCUUGGAAUCCUAGCUAAAUCCCAGGUGUUGUGAGUGGAUUUCACAUAUUGCAGUAUUUGUAUACUACUGUGUUACAGACUGUCUGGCAUGGAAGAUUUAAGGGCUUGCUUUAACUUUCUUUAUACAAAUGAAAAAUGUGAAUUCCACGUUGACCUUGUUAAGGUGUGCUUCAGAUUCCACAUUAGUUUGUAGGCCUCAAAACUAAAUAUAUUGACCCAAUAGCAAUCUAACCAACCACAGUGUUUUGGUAGUAAGAGUCCUGUCUUGACUUUAAAAUGGCCACCAUAUGUGCUCUGCAGUGGCAAGUUGUAUUCAGUUGCAUACUGUUGCCAGCUUUGGAGUCAAGACUUGGCUCUUGGUGAAAACAAUUUAGAUUUUCCUUACUGGGGUUCAGAAGAGGGAACUUGAUGUUUCAGCCUCAUCCAAAGAGGGGAAGCUCAUGUAAUGAUUACUUCUGUUAGGAUAAUUGUAUGUACUUGUAUGUAUUAUUAGUGGUAUUGUAGCAAGUGGUCUUAUGAUAGAAGGUUAGAAAGGUGUAUGAUGAAAGUGAUGCAGAAGUGAGUUUUUUAUAUUAGAGUUAUGUUAUGACUAUUUGGUUGUUAGCUACAGAAUAAUUCAUUGUGACAAUGGAAUAAAUCUCUUGGCUUUA